UAGAUAUGGGGAGCUGCUGGAAGAACAAUGGUGCAGCCUGUGAUGGAGAUGUGGUGACCGAUGUAACCAGGUACAGCGAGAUGAUCAUUAACCCUCAAACUCCAGCUUGGUGCAGCAGUACGAGUUUGGGGAACUGUCCCCCAUUCCACAUCACUCCAAACAACACAAAAAUUUACAGGAAUAACACUGCAAAUUUCCCUUACACAGCUUACCACUACUACUGUGCUCCUGGGAAUGCCCGGCACCUGGAAAAACCUUAUAGCACUUGUGAUCCUUACAGCAAUCCCCAGGCACAGGAGCUGCUUCAGUUGCUGCCUCAUCCAAUCUGGGCUGAGUAUGGAUAUCCAACUAAACAAGGAGACGGUUGGGUUGGGGAUGCUAGAACUUGGGAGCUCGAUGUUGGUGGCCUUUCCAGUAGACUCUACUUCUAUCAGGAUCCGGGAACUGCUCCUGCAAGAAGAAUAUGGACAUCUCUUGAUGUGGGAACUGAAAUAUUUGUUAGCGACAAAGACGAAGUGGCAGAAUGGACUCUGAGUGAUUUCGAUGUUAUUCUGACUUCUCCAACCACAUAAUUAUCCAAGCAUACAAUUUCAUUUUGUAAUGCGGCUUGUGUAUUAGGUUAGUUAUGUGUAUAUAUAUAUAUAUAUGCUUCAGUUGGAAGAGUUUCUGCUAGAAGCCAAACAAACCCAAAAGGGCAGGGCUUCAUUGCUGUUGAGGCAGGCACUCACCAAUAGUCUUCCUGUUACAUCAUUUGAAAGCAAACAAUAAAGAUUUCAACGAUAAGCUGUAAAAAGCAUGUUGCAGCAGCAAAUAGAAUACAGACCGACCUGGUUUUGCAUUUUUUA